ACAUGUUUUCAAAGGUUUUCCUGUGCUGCCUCAUUGCCUUCGCGGCAUCCCAGGUUGUGGAGAACAACCCACCGCAGCCAUACAGCUUCGGCUACGACAGCACCGACGAGUUCGGUACCCGGCUGACCCGCCAAGAGACUGGGGACGAGUUCAACGGCAAGGUCGGAUCCUACAGCUACACCGACGCCGCUGGUGUUCAUCGUAGUGUCAAUUACGUGGCCGAUGGCGCUGGCUUCCGUGCAACCGUCGACACCAACGAACCAGGCACCAAGACCUCCGAGCCAGCCGAUGCGCCUACUGUCUCUGGAGCCGUGGAGGGACCGCAUCCUGUCGCUGUGAAGGCCGCUGCCCCUGUCGCAGUGCAGGGUGUUCACGCCGCUCCGGAGGCUGUGCACGCCCUCCAUGCUGGUCCUGUGGACUACGCCCAGCAUGCCGCUCCUCUGGCUUACCCGCACGGACUACCACUGGCUUACUCUGUGCGCCAGGCUCCGCUUGCCUACACCCUUGCCAAAAGCGCGUAA